AUGCUUCUGAAACUUGCACCGGCUUUUGGGUUAUUGAAUUCCCGUGGCGAUAAUCUGAGUUCUCUGUAUACCUCUGCCACUUCUUCGAAUUUUGUGGGGAAGAGGGGAAAUGGGUUUGUGCUGUGUGCGACGAAGCACACGAACAACAAGCCUUUAACAGGCGUCGUUUUUGAGCCCUUUGAAGAGGUGAAGAAGGAGCUUAUGCUUGUGCCGACUCUUCCCCAAGAUUCACUCGCUCGCCAGAAGUACGCCGAUGAGUGUGAAGCCGCUAUUAAUGAACAAAUCAACGUGGAGUACAAUGUUUCCUAUGUCUACCAUGCCAUGUUUGCCUAUUUUGAUAGGGACAACGUUGCCCUCAAGGGUCUUGCCAAGUUUUUCAAGGAGUCGAGCGAAGAGGAAAGAGACCACGCUGAGAAAUUAAUGGAAUAUCAGAACAAGCGUGGUGGAAAAGUGAAGCUGCAGUCAAUUUUGAUGCCACUUUCUGAGUUCGACCAUAUCGAAAAAGGGGAUGCAUUAUAUGCUAUGGAGCUUGCGCUGUCUUUGGAGAAAUUGACAAAUGAGAAGCUUCUAAACUUGCAUGCUGUAGCCUCCCGAAAGAAUGAUGUGCAGUUAACUGAUUUUGUUGAAAGCGAGUUCUUGGCUGAGCAGGUGGAAUCCAUUAAGAAGAUAUCAGAAUACGUCGCCCAGCUGAGAAGAGUGGGCAAAGGUCAUGGCGUUUGGCACUUUAAUCAGAUGCUGCUCCGUGAGGAGGAAGUUGUUGCCUAA